CGGUGGCGGCGGCUCGCGCAGCUUGUUGGCUCACUAUAUAAAGGGGAGAAGCGGGCGGACCGGACGGCUGGAGCUGCAGCCGGUGGCGGCAGCGGCGGCGCGGGGAGCGGCGACCGGUGGUGGUUUCCCUCCUUGGUGCGGGGUGGGGAGCGGGCAACGCCCCCCAGGACCCCUGAAGGGUCGUGGCCUUUUUUUUUUAAGGGCGAUUCUCGAGUUUUUAGCUCCGAGGACUGCUCUCCUCCUUCUCUACCUCCUCUCACCGCUCACCUCUCCUCCGUCAGGAUCCGAUUUUGUUUGAAAAAAUUUUCCCCCCAAUUUUGCGGUGGCUUGGGUCACCCUCCGGGUGUUCUUUUUUUGUUUGUUUUUGUUUUUAUCUUUUCUCGGGGUUGCCCCCCUCUUGUUUGUGUUGUGUGUGGAAAUGGCGAACUCGGCAAAUACAAACACCGUGCCUAAAUUAUACAGAUCUGUGAUUGAAGAUGUAAUUAAUGAUGUGAGAGACAUCUUUUUGGAUGAUGGAGUCGAUGAACAAGUUCUGAUGGAACUAAAGACUUUAUGGGAGAAUAAACUAAUGCAGUCUAGGGCAGUAGAUGGAUUUCAUUCAGAAGAGCAGCAGCUUUUACUGCAAGUUCAACAGCAGCAGCAACCCCAGCAGCAGCAGCAUCACCACCACCACCACCACCAGGCUCAACCGCAGCCAACGGUACCUCAGCAAGCGCAGACCCAGCAGGUCCUUAUUCCUGCGUCACAGCAAGCUGCAGCACCACAAGUUAUUGUUCCUGAUUCUAAGCUGAUACAACAUAUGAAUGCAUCAAACAUGAGUGCUGCUGCUACAGCUGCUACCUUAGCGCUCCCUGCUGGUGUGACUCCUGUUCAACAGAUAUUAACAAAUUCAGGCCAGCUUCUUCAAGUGGUCAGAGCAGCCAAUGGUGCCCAGUAUAUCUUUCAGCCUCAGCAGUCAGUAGUUCUACAGCAGCAGGUUAUACCACAAAUGCAGCCUGGUGGAGUACAAGCUCCUGUUAUACAACAGGUACUGGCCCCUCUUCCUGGAGGGAUUUCACCACAAACAGGUGUUAUCAUCCAGCCCCAGCAAAUCUUAUUUACAGGAAAUAAGACUCAAGUUAUACCUACAACGGUGGCAGCACCUACACCAGCACAAGCACAGCUAACCGCAGCUGGCCAACAGCAGCCACAGGCCCAGCCUGCUCAACAGCAAGCCCCACUGGUGUUGCAGGUUGAUGGGACUGGGGAUACGUCAUCUGAAGAAGAUGAAGAUGAAGAAGAAGACUAUGAUGAUGAGGAGGAAGAAGACAAAGAGAAAGAUGGAGCUGAAGAUGGGCAGGUAGAAGAGGAACCGCUCAAUAGUGAAGAUGAUGUGAGUGAUGAGGAAGGACAGGAACUCUUUGAUACAGAAAAUGUUGUUGUAUGCCAAUAUGAUAAGAUACACAGAAGUAAAAACAAAUGGAAAUUUCAUCUCAAGGAUGGCAUUAUGAAUCUUAAUGGAAGAGAUUAUAUAUUUUCCAAAGCCAUUGGAGAUGCAGAAUGGUGAAGAGUUGGUUCUUUUCUUUUAUAAAUAAAACAAAAGAAACUUAAAAAAAAAUUUAAAGUGGACAGUUUGAAACUUGGGACAUAUACCAACCAAAACUUAACUUCUGCAUGUCAGAGAAGUGCAGUAGAAGCAGAGCUACUGGAACAAAGAGACCUUGACAACACAGACACUACUUCUAACUGGCAAGCCAUGGAACUGUAGCACCUGGGGUUGUUGGGGUGGCGAGGGUUGGGAUUUUGUGUAAGAAAACCGUAAUUGUCGAUUUUAAAUACAGGUACCUGCCACUGGUAAUUAGCAUGUAAAGCUUGGUUUAUAUUCCUUCCUCCAACUUGAGUUCAGUCAGAAGAUACUUGUUGGAAUGGACUGAAGAAACUUCCCUUUUGAUAGAUUGAACCGAAACUGCUUAUUGUACAUGGUUAUAUUUGGUAAAAAUU